CAUGAGUAAACGACCCUGUAUGUUAUCAGGCCCAGGUGCCCACAUUAAUUUCCCACUUCUAGUACAAUUAUGUGGUUAUGUUUUAAUCAAAGCAAGAGGUCAUUCUGUGCCAAAAUGUUCAUUUUGUUAAUUCUGUGUAACUGGUGAAGGUUCAAACAAGAGGUAGAGAACCCAAAGUGAACCUGAGUGAAAACAGAUGAUGCUGAAAAACACUGAGCAAACAGUUUUAAUUAGUCAUUCAGCUGAUUUGUUUCUGCAGAAUAACUUGUUACAGGUCAAUAUUCUUUGGAAAGAGGAACGGAAAGUGCUGUGGAAGCAAGUAGCUGCAGUUAUGAUGGUCUAUCAGAAAACUAAUAGUUCUGAAGAAAUCAUGAAAAUGGACAUGGAAAAUGAACGGAAGACAUUUAGCAAAGGUCGUUCUUGUAGCAGAAAAACUGGCAUCUUUGUGCUUCUAGGAACAGUCUGCAUGAUUAUUUUCCUCAUCAUGACUUCUGUCAUCUUUUUUCAUCAACAAAGGACAUUCUCCGUGCUGGAGAGUUGGAUGAAUCUUCAUAGUUCCAAUCAAACUUCAGUCAAACCUCAAGAAAAGAAUAUUGAGACCUUGAUGACCAAUCUUGCCUCUUCAUUGAGUUCAAUCACAUCCAAACAAGCGGAAAACCAACAAAAGCUGGAGCGCCAGCAGGAUCUGUCACACACUGAAGUGAAGAGUUUGAUGAACAGUUUGAAUUCUGCUGUAUCUGCGCUGACAUCCAAACUGAAUGACACAGCGUCUCUGUCGAGCUCAAUGAGUGUCCUGAAGAGUUCAGUGUCAGAUUUCACUUCAUCUGUCGCAUCGCUUUCUUCUCAACUAUCAGUCCUGCGGCAGCAGGAUAUGAAGAGUUUGAAUGACAGCUUGAAUUCUGCAGUAUCAGUGUUGACAUCCAAACUGAAUGAUGCAGUUAAAACGCAGGACCAGAAACAGACUGAAACUGAACGAUCGCUGGACAGUUUGAAGUCCUCCAUACAGUCUGACCAACAGAGCAAACAACGGGACUUCGCGUCUCUGUCGAGCUCAAUGAGUGUCCUGAAGAGUUCAGUGUCAGAUCUCAGUUCAUCUGUCGCAUCGCUUUCUUCUCAACUAUCAGUCCUGCGGCAGCAGGAUAUGAAGAGUUUGACUGACAGCUUGAAUUCUGCAGUAUCAGUGUUGACAUCCAAACUGAAUGAUGCAGUUAAAACGCAGGACCAGAAACAGACUGAAACCGAGCGAUCGCUGGACAGUUUGAAGUCCUCCAUACUGUCUGACCAACAGAGCAAACAACGGGACUUCGCGUCUCUGUCGAGCUCAUUGAGUGUCCUGAAGAGUUCAGUGUCAGAUCUCAGUUCAUCUGUCGCUUCUCUGUCCUCUAAACAACAGAUCUCUGAGGAGAGAGUCAUGAACGCUCUGAAGGAUCUGAAAUCGAACAUGGAAAACAAAACAGCAGACGUCCCUGUAACCUGUAAAUCUGGCUGGAUAUCGCACAAAAGCAGCUGUUUCUUGUUCUCCAAUAAUGAACUCAGCUGGACUGGGGCACGAGAUAACUGCAAAUCACAGGGCGCGUCACUCCUCAAAAUAGAAGAGGACGAUGAGGAGUGGACAUUUCUAAACAAGCAUACAAUGCCCCUACCCUACUGGGUCGGUCUAACGGAUCAGAACACAGGCCAGUGGAGAUGGGCGGAUGACACUCCUUACACUAUGAACAUAGAACGCUGGAAUCCCGGGCAGCCGGAUGACUAUAAAGGACACAAUCUGGGAGUGGGAGAGGAAGGAGAGGAUUGUGGACAAUUUAUGUAUACUGGGAAACUAAAUGACAACCACUGCUCCACCAAAAUGAGAUUCAUUUGCAGAGUGUAAUUCUGAAUCUGAAAAGAGCGGUUGUUUAGCAUGAUGGAGUUCUGCUCGUUCCCUUUUCAUUUUUA